UUAGACGCUUCAGAGCAAUACCCAGUCACUCCGGAAAGUUUCGGGAAGGAUGGGCGGUCGGUCCCCGCGUUCUCCGGGAGUGGUGGAGCGGUGGGCAGUGGAGGUGGGCAAGGACACGCACCGGCUGUUGGAGUUCGUGCUUCAGGAACCAGAGGUGGCGAACCAGCGAGUGUCGCUGGUUCUCGUCUACGUCAUGAGCGAGGUCCCCUGCGCCAUGGGCAUAUCGUACAGCGUGAGCCAGCUGGAGUCGCGCGUGGCGGACAUUCACGAGGCGCACGUGAUGGACACCAUUCUGAAGCCGCUGGUCAUGGAGCUGCACUUCAAGAAGAAGCUCGUGGCCACGGCGUACGUGGCGCGCGACGACAAGCCCGACGUGGGUCUGUGUCAGGCCGCCAUUCGCGUGGGGGCGUCGCGCCUCGUCGUCAACUCGCGCCACUCCUUUCUGCGCCCCAACCACAGCUUCGCGCACGGCUGCGCGCGCCACCUGGCCGCGCACCACUGCUCCGUGCUCGCCGUCACCACCGCCAAGAAGCGCGCCUCCUCCGCCGCCUUCGUGCUCCCCAGCGGCGCCACCAUCCCUGCCGUGCAGCCGUCCCCCCGCCGCCUCUCCACCUCCACUUACUCAUCCUCCUCCUCCUCUUCCUCCUCCGCUGCCUCCUCCCUCGUAGGUUCCCCGCUCCACCCCCCCGCGCUUACCCGCGACCCUGAUCCCGCCAUCGCGCAAGGCCCCCCGCCGCCCUCCGAUCCCCGCCCCGCCUCCCCGCCGCAGUCGCAGUCGCGCCGUGGCGCGCAGGGGCACGGCCAGGUUGCGCGGCCGUCGGAGACCGACUCGGACACGGGCGCGCGGCUAACUCCGCCCGACUCCUCGCCCCCCUGCACGCACCCCGCGCUUCCCGCGUCUCCUGACCAUCACCGCCACGAAGCUUCGCAGCAGCAAUGGGGAAGGUCGUUAAACGGGGCAGGGGGGGCAGCUGUUGAGAUGGGGGGUAGGGGAGGAAAGGGGCGCGGCAGAUUAACGGAGGCGGCGGGGGAGAUGCGCGCAUCAGCACGAGGGAGUGGCGAGGGGCGCGGAGAAGCGGCGGUGUCGAGUUGGGCGGAGAGACAAUCAGGGCCGGCGGUGGUUGAGGGGGGGUAUGAGCGGAGUGAGGGAGGGGAGGGGGAGCAAGGUAACGGGGAGAGCAAAAGGUCGGAGGUGGAGGAAGGAGCAGAGGGGUGGGCGGGGAGCAGCAAGGAGGCGAGGCGAGGGCGAGCAGCGCGCAGAGAGAGCGAGUCCGAGGUGGUGAAGGCGAGACAGGAGCUGCACGAGGCGCGGUGCAUGGUGCAGCAGCUGCAUGCGGAGGUGGACAUGGCGCGCGCUGCAGCGGCAGAGGCGGUGGCGCUGGCGGCGGCUGCGCAGGGCGAGAGGGAGAUGCUGCAGUACGAGUUCCGGGAGUACUCGCUGCACCACAUGCACGCCGCCACUGAUGGCUUCAGCGACCACCGCCUCAUCGGCCAGGGCUCCAGCGGGCGCGUGUACCGCGGCGAGAUCAACCACACGCCCGUCGCCAUCCGCCGACUGGACGACACCCGGGACUCCGCCCUGCACGAGUUCGACAAGGAGGUGCGGCUGGGCAGCAGGUUGCGGCACCCCAACAUAGUGCUGCUGCUGGGGUGCUGCCGGUCGCCCCCGUGCCUGGUGUACGAGCUCAUGCCCAGCGGCUCACUGUACCACCGCCUGCUGUGCGCCAACAAUUCGCCGCCCCUCCUGUGGCACCAGCGCUUUGACAUCGCUGCCAACAUCGCCGCUGCACUCGCCCACCUGCACUGCCGGGAGCACCCGAUAGUGCACUUUGACUUGAAGCCUACGUCGGUGCUGCUGGACGGGCAGCUGGUGGCCAAGAUAACGGACGUGGGUGUGGCGCGCGUCAUGAAGCGCACGGUGGGCGACGACAGCAUGUCGGGCCCCAUGGACGCACUGGGCUUCGGCUACGCGUGCCCGGAGCUGCUGCGCUCCAACGCCUUCUGCGGCCGCACGGACGUGUACGCCUUUGGGAUGCUGCUGUACGACCUGCUGGGCGCCACGAGCAGCGGCGGGCGCGUGAAGGGGCUCAUAGCGCAGCUGGACGAGGCUGCAGCAGACGGCGACCUGGACCUGCUGCACCGCCUCACGGACCCCGCGGCGCGCUGGCCGCCCAAGGUGGCCAUGGAGGUGGCGGGGCUGGCGCGCCAGUGCACCGCAGUCAAGCGCAGGGACCGCCCCGACGUAGUGGGCGGCGUACUGCCAGUGCUGCAGCAGCUGCGGCCGGCAGUGGAGUCGUUUCGGGCGGCGGAGGAGGCAGAGGCGGCGACUGUGGCGCUGCAGCAGCAGAUGGUGCUGCAGCGGCGGCGGGCACAACUGCAGGGCAUGGAGGGCGGCGGUGGUGGUGGCGGUGGCGGUGCAGAGGAGGCGGUGUGGGAGGUGGCUCCUAACGCCUUCAGAUGCCCCAUCACUCUGGAGGUGAUGCAGUGGCCCGUGAUGGCAGCGGACGGCCACACAUACGAGGAGAGUGCGGCGAGGGAGUGGCUGGCUGUGAGCUCGCUGUCCCCCAAAACCCUCAUGCCGCUGCCGCACCUGCACCUCACGCCCAACCACGCCCUGCGCUCCCUCAUUCGCGAAUGGAUGGAGUGCAAGAAGAUGAAGGGGUUGCUGCAGGCCACGCCUGCUUCAACUGCCAUGGAAGGAGCAGCAGUUCCGGGGGGCUAACGAGGCUAGUUCAGUGUAAAUGAGGCUCGCAGCGAGUAUGGGCAAAGGGUGGCGUUUCUUUACGAGCAUGUAAAUGAGUGUGUGAGUUGCGACUCCAUUUCCAGCUGUCUUGCCUGUCGGAACAGAGUGUGGCCCAGCAAGGAAUGUGAUGUGCUUGACCCCCCUGAAACAGUGUCCAUGGCAACCAUGUGGAUAGAACAUUGCACCACAUGCUUUUCUGCACACAGCC